AUCUGAUGUGACUUAACACGUAAAAUUUACAACAGCCUGAGAAAUUAGCUUGUAAAAAUACUGUAUCUUGUUUCGGUAUACGUGAACGCAGUAGGGCUAUAUCAUUUUCUUAUCCAACUUUAACAAGACCUACAAUGACUGAUUAAUAAAUAAGUAAUAAAAUCAACUAGACAGACUCCGGUUUAUCUUGACUAUAAAGAGGCUGUAAAAGACGCCCCUUUUUAUUGUUCGGAAUUAGAUUUUAAGAAAGUGGAAGAAAGAGUGGAUCGGAAGAGCAUGGCGUUCAGCUUACAUGUUGCCCAUAUCUGUGUUGUAAUGUUCUGUGUAAUGACUAUCACGGUUCAGCAAACAGUAAAUGACGAAGUAAGAACCUAUUUGGAUGGUUACAAUGAGAGAGCGGAAGCAGUAGCGAACCAAUAUUCAUUAGCAUCAUGGGCAUACUACACCAACCUUACUGAUUACAAUAGAGACAAAAUGACGGAGAGGAGUCUCGUAUCUUCUGAUUUUUCCAAGAACGAGUCUGAAAUUGCAGCGGUUUUCGAUUUGAAUGCAAUUACAGACGAGAGUUUAAAAAGACAGAUAAACAAGAUUCUAGAUGUCGGAAUAUCUGGUUAUGAAGACAAAGAAGUCAUUAAAAGGAUCAACACUCUUGAAGCAGACAUGACGGGCAUCUACAGUGGAGCUACCUGGUGCAAAACACCUGAUGAUUGCAAGCAAUUAGAACCAGGACUGACUGACAUUAUAACAAAUAGUCGUGACUAUGACGAGCUUCUCGAGGCUUGGAAGGGGUGGAGAGACGUGAGUGGGGCUAAAAUGAAGGACAAAUAUGCUGAAUUUGUCCAACUCAUGAACAAGGCGAUAAAGGCUGGAGGGAAGUAUGCAGAUAUGGGGGCUUAUUAUAGGUCCUGGUAUGAACAGGAUGACUUCGAGGAAGACGUUAAACGUUUAUUCGAUGAACUUAGUCCUUUGUAUGACCAGCUACAUGCAUACGUAAGAAGAAAGCUGAGAACAAUAUAUGGGUCUGACAAAUUUCCAAGCGAGGGUCAUAUUCCUGCUCAUAUAUUUGGUAAUAUGUGGGCACAACAAUGGGGAAACAUUUAUGAUAUUUUGGAGCCUUUUCCCGGUCAGGGAAGAGAAUCUCUUACGAAUUUAAUGAAGGCUCAGAAUUACAAUGUGACAUAUAUGUACGAGGUGGCUGAGGAAUUCUUUAUGUCAAUCGGCAUGAAACCUAUGCCCGAAUCUUUCUGGAGGCUGUCUAUGUUAGAAAAACCCGAAGAUGGUCGUAACGUUGUAUGUCAUGCAUCAGCAUGGGAUUUCAAUAAUGGCACUGACUUUCGGAUCAAGCAAUGUACGGAAGUAACAGAAGACCAGCUGAUAACAGUUCACCAUGAAAUGGGACAUGUGCAAUAUUACCUUGAAUAUUUAGAUCAGCCGUAUUUGUUUCGACGCGGAGCAAAUCCAGGUUUUCACGAAGGGGUAGCUGAUAUUGUAAGCCUGUCAUUCCAAACGCCUGAACAUUUACAGAAGAUUGGUCUUCUAGAAAAUUUGCCAAAUGGGACAGAGGGUGACAUAAACUUCUUAUUUCAAAUGGCAUUGGACAAAAUAGCUUUCUUGCCAUUUGGAUACCUCAUUGAUCAAUGGCGAUGGAGUGUAUACAGAGAGGAGACGAAAAAAGAGAACUUCAACAGAGAUUGGUGGCAAUUAAGGUGUCGUUAUCAAGGGAUAUCUCCGCCUGUUGCCAGAUCAGAAAAUGAUUUUGAUCCUGGAGCAAAGUAUCACAUACCUGGGAACACACCAUAUAUCAGGUAUUUUGUAAGUUUUGUCGCCCAGUUCCAGUGGCAUAAAGCACUCUGUGAGCUAAUUGGACAGACAGAUCGACUUCACAGAUGUGACAUUUAUAACAGCACUGUGGCUGGACAAAGACUACAAGAAAUGUUGAGAAUGGGUUCUUCUCAACGUUGGGGUAAAGCAAUGGAGACAAUAACACGAAACACAAAUGGUUACACUAGCAGACUCAGCGCGCAACCUAUUCUUGACUACUUUAGACCUUUGCAGGAAUGGUUAGAAGAAGAAAAUACCAAAGCAGGAGAGAAAACUGGAUGGGAUAAAACAAACUGCCCAAAAGGUUCUUUCGUCGAUAUAUCAUCUGCAACGGCUGUCUCAUCAUCGGUUGCUGUUCUUAUGAGCAUUGUUAUACAUAUUAGUGUAUUACUGUUCUGAACUGACUGACACAAGACUACAGUUACAAAGUUAUUUCCGAAAAAAAAGGAAAGUUUGUUGCUGAGUGAUAUUUGUUACAAUUUGUUAAAAGUCAAGAGAUAUUUUUUAAUCAAAUGUAUACAAUAUGAUUAAUUAUAUGCUUUAAUUACAUUAAUUUAAUUAGUUUUAAUUUCAAUAAUCAAUUUGAUUUAUAUAUAUAUAUAUAUAUAUAUAUAUAAUAUUACACGGACAGAUGAUAUUUGCGUUAUUUAAAAAAGAGCAAAUUGCUCUAAUCUCACAAACUACCUAAUCUAUAUACAAAUACUUCCUGGUUUGUAAGCACUUGGUGUCAGAUGCAAGUAAAGUAAGUAUCAAAUUAUAGUCAAACAAUCUUUAAGUCCAUAGUCCUCGUUGUCUGAUUAUAUCUUAGAAGAACUUGUAAACCAAUGCCAUACGUUCUCUUGUUUAACGCCUCAUUGACAUUUAGCCGAUCUAUGUCAGCCAUUUAUUUGAAUAAAGGGAUAAGAAAUGAUCGUUUAGACUAAAAGAAUUCAACAAACUUUUCAGUUUCAUUAUUAAGAAACCAAUGUAACGUUUCAAGGUACACAAACCCUGCCGAUGAAAAGCUAGCUAGCCACCGAGAGUGGUUUAUACACUUAUAUGGGAUACUUUCUAAUAUGUUAAUUCACCACCUUGAGUUUUUGCUCAUUAUAAGUAUUAUGACGUUCUACCAACGUCUUUACACCAAGUUUAGUUUUAGUUUUAUUGCAAUCGUUUUCUGCUUAUAAAAGAGAACUACAUAUUUAGAUGUGAAUUGGUAAAAUGUAAAAUCGUGUGUCUUAUACUCAAGAUUGUGUACUAAACAGUACUAUGCAUGUUAAGGAUUGCUAACCAAUACGGUGUUGAAUCAUUUUUAUUUUUUUCAUUUUAUUUUUAGAAAGUGUUAAAAGAAUUUUGGUGCAAAAAGUCUCUCAGUCUCAUGUCGUUUACAUAGAAACCAUAACAAGUAAUGGUGAAAACAUUGUAUUUCUUGAAUGGAGUUUCCUAUGCUUGUUCUUACAAAGAUUUAAAAUAUUUCCACGGAUUCAUGCGGAAACUAUUAGCUUUAUGUCUUUGUCUUAUGAUGUACAUGUACAUUGUUUUAUAUAUCAUUAUAAAUUGCUGUGAAUGAUUAAUCUGAGAAAAAUUGU